UACUUUUCCAAAUUCAGCCUACUCUCGAUCCGUCCUUCCCUCCCUAAUUAAUGCUCGCUCCUUUUCUUCUCCUACAACCGAUGCAUUAGAAGGCGAUCCCUCUCCUCCCUCUUCUUCCAUUUGUCCCUCUCAUGCUCGGACAAAUCCCUAGUUUGGAUUCCUUCUCCACCAUCGCCGAGGGGAGAUCCGUCGUCCGGGGCCCGAAGCUAGGGUUUCCGGGUUCGAAUCAGCUGAGUUUUGGCCUGCGAUGAGGUGUUCCUCGCAGAAGAAUCUCUCCGUCUACGAUUUCAACGAAGUGGAGGAGGCCGUGGAGGCGGCGUCCAGGAAGUUCGCGUCCAAAUUCCAGUCCAAGUUGAAGGAAGCCGAAACCAAGUAUCAGUUUCUUGAGGCAUUCCACCUAGGCUUAAAAUUAAGGAGAACAGAUGUGACCACUGCUUAUAUGGAUUUGCGUGAAAGAGACAAUGCCCGGGAGUCAUGUGUCAUAGAUACACCACAAACAAAUCUGGCUGUUUCUGAUGAGAAAACUGAGUUCGAUGACUUUGUUGUGUCCUCAACAAGUUAUGAAGACAAUGGACAUAUAGUCACGGAUGAAAAUGAACCUGGGAUUCUUACAAGAACGGAUCCUCUUGUAAUUAAAACUUCUAGUCAUGUAGCACCUUCUGUAGGCGACAAACAGUUCUCAGACACUUCAUCCGAUGGAACAGCAGUUGAUGUGAUUUCAGAUGAUGAAGGUAGCUGGGUGUCAGCAUCUGAUUCUCCAUCAACAACACAAUCUGAUGUCGAAAGUGAAGGUUAUUUAGAACAUCGAGUCUCAGAUAAUUGUUACAGUGCAUGUGCAGAUAUGGUGGGCGACAACAUGGCUGUCGUAGUUUUCCCUGAUUAUGUUAUAUAUAAGAACAUGCUGUGUGGAGAGUCUCGGUUCACCUUCUUCACAGAUUGCAUUAAGAUCGAGUGUUCAGGUGCUAGUGAAAAUGGAAAAUUUGUUUUAGAAUGUGCAAUUGCUGAUAUCAUUUAUAUUCAUCGCCAGUGGAGUGGAAGUGUUGAAGCUGCUUUGGUUAAACUUUGUGUUAGAGCAACCGAUGCUAAUGAAAAUGAGAAACCUCAUAAUGAUGGUGAUUUGAAGAUAAUAUUUGCCAUUGCUGAUGCACAUUGGUUUGAAAAGGAGCAGAAAAUCAGGAAUCUGGCUGAAAGAUAUGGAGAUAUAUGGAACGCUUUCCCUAAUGAUGAUCUGGUGGGGGGAGAUGACACCUUAGUCCCUGAUAUGUUGUUUCCAACACAGUGCUUUACGGAAAUUGUGGAGCCUUUUGAAGAUGUUAUCUACCCUAAAGGAGAUCCUGAUGCCGUCUCCAUAAGCAAAAGAGAUAUUGAGCUGUUACAACCAGAAACUUUUAUCAAUGACACCAUUAUUGACUUUUAUAUCAAAUAUUUGAAGAACAACAUUGAACCUAAUGAGAAGCAUAGGUUCCAUUUCUUUAACAGUUUUUUCUUCCGCAAACUAGCAGACAUGGACAAGGAUCCAGGUAGUGCUUCGGAAGGCAGAGCAGCUUUCCUACGUGUUCGUAAAUGGACACGGAAAGUAAAUAUAUUUGAGAAGGAUUACAUUUUCAUACCAGUUAACUUCAAUUUGCAUUGGAGUUUGCUUGUUAUUUGCCAUCCUGGAGAAGUAGCAACUUUAAAAGAUGAUGACAUAAAGGAGUCUUCUAAAGUGCCUUGUAUAUUGCAUAUGGAUUCCAUUAAGGGCAGCCAUAGUGGUCUCAAGAAUAUUAUUCAAAGUUACCUAUGGGAGGAAUGGAAGGAAAGACACCCAGAAGCAUCUGAAGAUAAUUCAGCAAAGUUCUCAAACUUAAGAUAUGUCUCACUUGAGUUGCCACAACAGGAGAAUUCAUUUGACUGUGGCCUUUUCGUACUUCAGUAUGUGGAAUUGUUUCUGGAAGAAGCUCCAUCAAAUUUCAGCCCUUUCAAAAUCACCAAGUUUUCCAGUUUUCUUGGUGCUGAUUGGUUUUCGCCUGUUGAGGCUUAUCUUAAGCGUUUUAUUAUUCGGAAGCUGAUAUCUGAUCUUCUCAAGGACCCCUCUCAAAAAGUUACACCAGCAACAUGUAGCAGUGGACAUCUCUCCUCAGGGUCUCCUGAAAUUGAGGCUGAUACCAUCGUAGAAUUUCUUCCUGUGCAAUGCAGUCCAGCCAAACCAGCAGUUGGUGAUUCAAUAACUCCUGCUACCGACAGAGGAUAUGAAAAUGAUGUUGAGCAAGUACCAGUUGUAGAAUUUCUUCCCCAGCAGUGCAGUCCAGCUAGGCCAGUACUUUCUUAUUCAUUAGGGCCUGCUUCUGAUGGAGGAAUUCAAAUUGAACCGUCAACUACGUCUUCUGAUGUCACUCGGUGUGAUAAACAAGUGGCACCGGUUGUGCAGGAGCUUCUUCAACCAGGAGCAACUUCAGGCUUUUAUUCGGAGAUCCAGGAAAAUUCUUGUCAACAACAGUAUGAACCUUUUCAGAAACUUGCGUCUACAGCAUGUCAGGUAGAACAUGUGGAUGGGAGUCUACAAUUUGUUUCCUCAAGCCUAGACAAGGAUGCUCGCCAACCACCAGGUGGAGACUCAAAUUCCCAGAUUUGUUCGGCUUCAUAUUGCUCUGAAGUUGCUGGAGUACGUGAUACAUUGUGGAGCUCUGUGCAGGAAAAGGAAGCAAAUGUUACAUCACUUGAAUCUUUUAAUAUGGACCAUGCACGGUCUAAUCGGAACCAUGAAGCAGGAAAACCAGAGUCUGACUUGCCCAAAAACUUAGGAUAUGUUUCAGAAAGCCCUUCUCUUUCUUCUGGGAAGCAACUGGAUGGUUUUGUUGAGGAUUCUCAGGAAACCGAUACUGUUAAGGUGAAGAAUGAGGAUCAUCAAGAUUCCCAGGUAAUUGAUUCUAUGGAGGAUGGUGGAGAUUGUAAGGAAGUUAAGAGAUCUGAGGCCAGAGUUGGGGAUGGUGGAGCUUGCCAGGAGCUUAGUAUAACUGAAGCAGGGGAUGGAGAUUGUGAUAACCGCCAGGAAUUGGAUGUUCCUAGGGCAGAUGGGGGAGAUGGCAAUGAGUGCCCAAACAAUGAUGUUACUGAAGCAGAUGGCAUGGAUGGUGAAUGCGAGAAAGUUGUUACCACUGAAGCAGAGAGUGGGUUGUGUGGUGGUCCUUGCCAAGGGCAUCUUCCUUCCAUAUCAUGUCAAGAUAUCAUAAUAGCUGAUGAUAAGAAUUCAUUAGAUGAUGAAGUUGAUGUGCAGCUAACUGCUAAGAGAUCAGAGCAGCAGCCUUGCAAACGUCGGAAGGUUAUGCUCCCUGGAGAUAGAAGGUGCACCCGAAGCUUCACAAGAGACUGCUCUUGAAUGACUCUCUGAUUAUUAGUCAUUUUGCUCAAUUAAUGCACCUUGUAAAUUUUUCUGUGACAAACCAGCAGUCUGUAUCUGGUCGGAUAGGACAUGGGGUGUUUUUCAGUGUCUCCUCGCUUUACCUGCAUUGGUGAUUUUGUUUGUUAGCCACAUCAUCAUUAAAUAACCAGUUGAGGUGCUCUUGCCUUUCACAAUGAAUUAUUCUACUUUAGUCACUGUUUAGCAAUUCUUGUGCUCUUCGUAAGAUGUGUCAAGAUGAGGGGAACAUGCAGGGCAGCUAUUAUUUCAAGAAUAUUAUGGAUUGAGUUGAUGGCGUUUAGGUUGCAGCCUCAUAUGCAUUUGGUUGGUGGCUUAUUUCAGGGAUCAGUAAACCUGUUAAGAAGAUGCGUCCUCUCACAAAAGAUCAAGAUACAGUUGUGUAUUUUCGGUUUGUCUCAGCUUCCACCGGCUUGCAAUGGUACACUCCAUUCUCAGACUCAAGACUCUGGCGCCUAAUGAAGCCUUGACAGUUUGUGAAUCUCAUGGGUUGUGGAUGUGGUUGGGAAUUGUUUUUGUUUCCAAACUGUAUGAGAUAUUUAAAAAUCAUGUUGCUAUGAUCCAGUUAAGUUUGGUCUUGGAAAUUAUGUACUACUGCAUGGAUGUACUUUGGAAAAUUGAAGUUGAAGAUGUUGUUUAAAAAGGAAAAAAAACAUUUGUUGGCAC